AUGCCUUCGCAUGAAAAACACACAGAUGAAUAUGUCAAUAUCACUCAAACUUUUGAUCAAGCUAUAUUAGCUUUAGUGUUCGAGACCUUGGAAGAUGCUGAAUUCUUUUACAAUGCCUAUGCAAAAAGAGUUGGGUUUAGUAUUCGAAAGCGAGAUUGUCAAAAAUCACGUGAUGGCGAAAUGUUAAUGCAAAGAUGGGUUUGUGCAAAGGAGGGCCAUCGGCAUCAAGUGUGGUUGGACAAAUCUGAUCGUAAACGCAAGCCGCGUCGAAUAACUAGGGGAGGUUGUGAAGCAGAAUUUCGCGUGAAUUUGGAUCAUGAUACUUGGAAGUGGGUUGUGAAGAAGCUAAUAUCAACUCACAACCAUAACUUGGUUUCAUCCAAGCAGGUCCAUCUUUUGUGA